CCAGCAAGGGCGGGCGGGAUGCCGGCCGGCACCCGUGCCGCCUUAGGUGAAAGAUGCGCGGGCGCGAGGUGCGGGGCGCGGCGGCACCACAGCUCUCGGGUAGAGCCGCGCGCCACAGCUAGUUCGUCGAGUGCACCGCGCCGCAGCCUCACACAAACAAAACUUUAGUUAGUAACCUACUUCCGUGCGGGCGCCAACCGCGAGCGCGUCUCCCGCUCUGUUGCACGCUCGCUCGCCCCGUGUGUACCGCAGCCCAUACUUGCUGCCUACUUUAUGACACGUUUCAGUGAUGAACUGUUUUAACAGAACUGUUGUAUAAGGUUCGCUCUCCAGUUCCGGCUGCGGCCGUUUAAUUUGAAUGGACAGGAACCAGAUAGAGCUGAAAGGACGUCAAGCCAAGUUGAACGAAAUGUUUUAUGGGACAAGGUGAAUCUUCGUGUGAUGUGCGUGGUUCGCCAGUAGACAAGCUGUCGGCGGGUGACAAGCUGGGGCCUGACGAGGCGCACGACGCCUCUGCGCAAGCACAACAACUGCAAACGAUGACCUCCACAAUGGGAAUAAUGACACUUAGCCGCGGGCCGUGUGACCUCGACAACAUGAGUCUAUUUCAAGACCUCAAACUAAAGAGGCGGAAAGUUGACUCCAGAUGUAGCAGCGAUGGCGAGUCGGCGGCCGACACCAGCACUUCGUCACCUGACCCAGGACCGCCUUCGCCGCGUAUGUCUGAAGCCGGGUGCAGCACGCCGCCGCACCCGCCGCCCGUGUUCGAUGGCGGUGGCUCUCCGUCACCUUCACCCGCUUGCCAUCCCACCGUUAUACGCUCGGCGCCACCCUACUCAGUCAUCAAGUUUGAAGGUGCACAAUCCGCUGUCAAAGCAGAAAGUUCGCCUGCGAGUGGAAAAAACCAGCCCACAACGCAGUCUCAGUUGUCUUCAGUGAAGUUGGAAAGCGCACCGCAAGAAUCACCACAACCGUUCAGACCACGUACCCUCGUACCGCCUCCGCCUGGAGUUCACGCUAAUCUAUCACCAGGACAUUGGCCGCCGGCCGCUUGUAUAAAUGGUGUUAAACCUGAACUUAUAGGCGGAAAUUUUCCACCACAGCCGAUUGAAAAUAAACCAGGUGCGCGUGGACAAACACAAUGGAGAGGUACUCCUGCUGUUAUAAUGGGCGAAUCCGGAGGUGUCCGAACAAUGUUCUGGACCUUACCAGCGCCUAGUUCAAGUAGUGAGCCUGCAGCCAGUGCUUCGCAUACUUCAUCCACGCCUUCUCCUGAUCCAGCUUCAUGCAGUGAGGAGUCAGCAGCGAGGCUAUUACUCAAUUUAGGUGGCGAGUUACGACGACCUAGAGGGCCACCAUUGAACAUGGAACUACUCUGGGCCGGAGACGUGUCCCAGCUCCCUGCUCACCAACAAAUUCAUGCGUUAAAUCUGAGCGCCGCUGCCGGAAGCAUCGCGGGUUCUUCUCCAAUGGCAGGUGCUAGUUCCUUAGCGUUACCCAGACCAGAACUGCGUACAUAUGCACCAGAGACUGAACGCGAUGAAGACGAACAACCAAUGAUAUGCAUGAUUUGCGAAGACAAAGCGACUGGACUGCAUUACGGCAUAAUUACUUGUGAAGGCUGUAAGGGAUUUUUCAAACGAACUGUCCAAAACAGAAGGGUUUACACGUGCGUCGCUGACGGUGGCUGUGAAAUUACAAAGGCACAAAGAAAUAGAUGCCAGUAUUGUAGAUUCAAAAAAUGUAUUGAACAAGGAAUGGUUCUACAAGCUGUACGAGAGGACAGGAUGCCUGGUGGGAGGAACAGUGGAGCUGUUUACAAUUUAUACAAAGUGAAAUAUAAGAAGAACAAGAAAGCCAACAAAACAGCUACGGCUACAAGUCGAGCUUCGCCACCAGAAAAACCUAAAGAACCCUUACCCCCACUCCCACCGCAUUUGGUCAAUGGUACCAUACUUAAGACUGCACUAACAAAUCCCAGCGAGGUUGUUCAUUUGAGAGCAAGGCUUGAAAGUGCCGUGUCGUCGUCACGAGAUCGAGCCGUCCCUUUGGACAGGGCGCUGCACAUGAUUCGCGCUCUGAUUGACUGUGACGCUAUGGAAGACAUUGCGACAGUACGACACCUCCCUGACUUGCUUCAUGACACUUCGGAAAUAAGCGACAAAUUGUGUAAGAUCGGUGACUCCAUCGUGCACAAAAUGGUCGCGUGGACGAAAAAACUACCGUUCAUUAUGGAAAUCCCUAUGGAAAUACACUCAAAAUUAUUAAUGGAAAAGUGGCAUGAGAUCUCAGUAUUAACGACGGCGGCGUAUCAAGCGAUGCACGGAAAGCAGACCCACGCUCCUCCCUCGUCAGAUCACGAACAGGACUUUAUGCAAGAGGUAAACGCCAACCUCCGGACAUUGCAGAAUUGCUUGACGUCACUUAUGGGCAGGCCCAUUACGCUGGAGCAGUUGCGAUUGGAUGUAGGACUUGUCGUGGAAAAGAUGACGCAGAUAACCUGUGUUUUCCGUCGCAUACAGCUCCGAAUGGAGGAAUACGUCUGCCUCAAAGUCUAUAUACUGCUUAAUCAAGAAGUCGAACUCGAGGGAAUCCAGGACCGCUACGUGCAAGUACUACGCAGCUACCUUGAACACGCCAACCCGCACCAUCCGGGCAGGCUACAGGAACUGUUCGCCAGAAUCCCAGAGAUCCAGGCGGCGGCUAACUUGCUCCUCGAGAGCAAAAUGUUCUACGUUCCGUUCGUGCUGAACUCGGCGGAGAUCAGAUAGUAUAUGGCCCAGCAGGGCGUCCAGUCCUCGUAGUGAGUGACGUCACGCCCUACACUACCCACCCUCGACUUAUGAUCACACCACCCUGUGUUCAGAAAACCGCCGGACCGGCACGAGAGGUCGUGCGGAUGUCCCUUCUCGAGCCGGGACAUUGCCCAGGAGACAUUUUCUAAUCAAGUGCGUUGGUUAAUGUUUACUAGAUGAAUUAAAACGUCCCAAUUGACAGACUGAUUUAUUGAUAAACAAAUAUAGAUUUUAAAGUUUAAUUACGGAAGGGACUCGAUGCGUGUUUUAUACGUGGUAGUGUACACUAUUUAGUGUUAAAUAGAAUUAAAUAUUCUGUUAAUGUUAUUAUUUAAUGAUUGUAAGACGGAGAAUCGCAUAAUAUAUACAUAAUAUAUUCUAAUUACAUAUAAGUACUGUAAAUAUAAUGUUAAUUAAUAAUAUUAAAAAAAAAAACGUAGUCGUUAAGAAUUGUUUAGACAGAAUUGUUUCUUGUAAAUGAAAUAUUUCCUGUUUUAGUUUGCAUUUUAUAUUUUUUAGGAUAACUAAAUUUUAGUAUUGUCACUUGGCGUGUUAAAUAUGAGAAUUUUUAAUUUUAUUUUGUACGUAGAUAUUAUAAGUAGCACUAAGUACCUACCUACUCUCAGUGUCUACACUAAGACUGCUUGUAUACAACUGUUACACUAACACGACGCGGUGCGGUCGCACUAUUCUUGUAGUCACAACUUUAAAUGCAUUUUUAUUGCCAAUACUUCGCAUAACACUGGUUUUCGCAUAAUAUUAUCUAAUAGUAAUUCGUUCUCGAUUUUAUUUCAUUUCUUGAUUCUGGUCUACGUAGUUAUAAGACUGUGAGUGCACGUGUGGAAGUUUUCGGCGUGUCGGAGUAGCGUUUUCGCAAGCCCUUUGCAUUUUCGUCUGAACAUAAUCCUUUAAUGCUUAAGACGGAUCUUUUGCUUCCUUUCGAUGUGUUCAUAAUUAAUUGUGCUCAAUGUCAUAUUUUGUGGAUUAUCAAAAAAUUGUAGCCUUAAUUUUUUCAAUGAAUCGUGCUUUCAAUGUUGUCUGAUAUUCAUCUAACUCAACUAACUACAUCAAAUUAUUGUUUUAUAAUUUAAUGCUCCACUGAAGUCAUUUAAAGUAAUUGAAAGAGAUUUAUAUGUUUUUGACUAUGGAGUGAUGAUUGUGUUCGAUGACACUUAAUUAAAAAAAUAUACAAAACACGAUUAUAUCUUUUAAUAAACGAGUUAAAAAAUAAAACAGUAUCGUUACGUAGUCGUCAUUAUAAUGUAAUUAAUAUACAUGUUUGUUCGGUGUGAAUUUAUUACUACGAUCAACAGUAGUUUUGUUUUUCGGUUUUGCGAGUCGUAAACUUAAUUAAAACUAGUGUUAUGGUAUAAUCUCGUAUCCAAGUCGGGCAUCACCAUGAAAAUUGCAAGCUGUUCGAAAACUCGGAAAUAAUGUAGUAAUAAAGAAAAGGACGAGAUAAAACCAUAAUAGUAGUUUUAAUUAUAAUGAACAGUAUAAAUACAUCCUAAAAUAUAUAUACAUUUGGGAAUGUAGGAUAAAAGUGGAGCAGCACUUUUAUAUAGUUAUAAACGCGACUAAACUUCACUUCACAUCAUUGCCAUAAUUUUAUUUUACUCAAUGCUCAUUACACUCAAAACUCACAAAUCUACUGUCGAAAUUUCUAUACUAACAAAACUUCGUGCAUACUCCUUUUCCGAAAUCAAGUAAUAAAUCAUAAAUUGUAUUGUUAGUUAAUAAAUAAAAUCACAAAAUCAUCAAAAAAAUAUCAUUAAUAUUCAUCUAACAUCGUUUUAAAGACUUAAUAUUAACACUGUCAGUAAUCACUGCCUAUCGUAAUUAAAUUUAUUUGCCGUGUAUUGUUAACUCUCGUAUUGUAAUGUAAUGUUAAAUAUGUAAUAAACGUUCCAGCAACGGUGAACAGUUACCAUUAGGUGUAGGAGGCGAAUUCGUCUCGUUGUAAAUUAAGUGACAACCAAAAAGUUCGUUCUAAGGACUUAGGUUCUAGUUGAAUAGGUCUUAAUACGCCUUUGCAGUCAAAAUGGAGGUCUAUCGGAUUUUUUAUACAAUAUAUGCGUGAAAUCGCAAUUUGUUGAACAUUAUUCUUUAAAAUAAAUUUCAUACUUUUAUAAAAAGGACUAACAAUGUUUGAUGUGAGAAUAUCAAAAAGUGUUUAGCUUAAUUGUGAAAUUAAAUCAUGUCCUUUACGAUCCAACUCAAAGUCAUAGCUUAUAAAACAAAUCAAACAAGCUUGUUUAAUUCAAUGAUUCUUGCAGUCGCUUAAAAUUUAUUGGAAUAAUAAUAAAAAACAAAAGCAUGUUUGCCAGGUUUUUUGGUCUCAAAAUAACAGUGUAAUGCGCUCUCUUAAAUUUAGCAUCGACAAAGCACACAAGCUGAAUCUUGAACUCUCGCGAGAACACAAAUUGUAAGUAAAAUGAUUCUGUUACCUGAAUGAGCGAUACACGUCCGUUCCUCAUCGUGUUACCAUUAGUUAAGUAUUAGUCGAUAAUAAUGUUUUGUACAUUUUUAUUAAUUUAGUUUGUGAAAAUAUUAAAACAACCAGUUACGAAACUGCCAUCAAAUGCCUAAGUAGUUUUUUUUUCAAUUAAUUUUGUUGUAUUUUAAUUUAGAUAAAUAUAAGUUGACGUCGUUGGUGAAAUUAUUAGUUAAUUGUGAUAAUAUUCAGUGAUAGUAUGUCGGAUCUAGACCGUUCGAAGAUACGCGCGUUUCGCGAUACGCAACCACGGCCCGUGAGCGCUCGCCUUUAUUCGGUCUCACUAUGCGAAUACUUUGCGACAAUUGGGUGUCUUUAUUUAUUUAUUCAAUUUUAUCUAACUUAAUAAAAAAAAUUAGUACAUAAACAACACCAUCAAAACGACGGUGUCAAAUCUAAAGUCUGAGGUAAAGAUGCCUUUAUAGAUUUUUAAACGUGUAAAAACAAAAAAUCGUAAAUUAUAAAAUGUAAUCGCGAAUUGUGCAUCGUUCUAUUAAUAUUGUGUAUGUAAAUGAUAAUUUAAGUAAUAUUGACACUUAUUUUGUUAUUAGCAUAACGUAUUGUUAAGAUGAAACUAACGGCAGUGUUAAAAGGGAACUAGAUUCGUAAGGAUGUUAUUGGCGUUGUACAAAGGAUAGUAUUGUUAGUAAAUAAACAAUGAAAUUGGCGCAUUACUGGCGAGUACCUAAUUAGAUAAAUACACGAGGAGCCUCCUGAGGCUAAUACGUUUACAAUGUAAAUAUUAUUAAAGUUAUGCUUCGACCAGAAAAAUGGCCACACUCACUUUUCGUUGCUUUUCGCCCGUUCAAUUUUUUUUUAAAAAACGUAGCGUUUUAAUAUUCUAUUUUGAAAUUUAGUAACAAAUUUGACUGACAGAAGCCGUAUUAUGAGUAUUUGAUUUGCUUAUGUUUGCCGCGUUGUUUUGUGUUUUCUGAAUACUAUAUUACAGUAGAUCUCGAUGCCACAGAGAAUCUUCAAGGUGGUGAUCGGUUUUCAAAUUAGAAGGGCACGUAUUCGUGCAUUCGUUCGACACACGACAAUAACAACACUGUCAAUUAAACAAAACUAAUAUACAUAAUUCGGAGUCUAUAAAAGAAUUCGUUUGAAAGCCGAUCCGUAGAUAAUAUCUAACUCGAAAAUAUUUUGACUGAUAUAGUAAUGUAACAAACAUUAUAAUGUUAAUCUAUUUAUAAGGGUGUAACAAAAACUUAAUGCAUUUCACAAUUUCUUUACAGUCCAUAAGAGAAAUAUAUUUCACAUUUGUAGGAUAAGGUUUGUUGUGUAUAAAAAAAUAGCGUUUCAAUUUCUUUCGGGUAAACGGAAGAUUGAUAUUUGUGUACGUUAGACAUUAAAUAGUUAUGAAGACGAGUGUGAAGCUGUACCAGGUAUUUGGAACAUUGAGCGAUUGUUGUAUGUAAUUAAGUAUCUCACAGAUGUUUGAAUUCUAAGUAUCCACGUAAUAAUAAAUUCUACAAGUUACAUUUGAAUCAAAACGAUCUGUUUACGUUAUGAACACGCAAACGUGUUUAGCUUUACUCUUUUAUGUGUAACGUAUUCAUUAUAAUGUAUUGAUAUACACACUAUUAUAAAGCAAAUUUAAAUACAGUCGUUUCACUUUAUUAGUUUAACAAAUAAUAACAUCGUAAGUGCCUCAAUAACUAGAAACGUAUCAAAUAUUGUUUUGCACGAGAAUUCAAUGUGGUAGAGAGUGUGCUGUAUUUCACAUGUUUGGUUGAGCUCGCUCAAUUUCAAGACUUAUUGCUUUCAGAACGUAGAAAUAAUUUUAAGUAUUAUGAAUACCAUAAGGUUCUAUGUUUGUACGUAGCAAAUCACAUUAGUUGCUGAUUGCUGUACUAUUCUCGAUGGAUUAAUAAAGGCUGUUUGUUAUACGACCAAGUUAAGUGCGUAGUGACUAUUGAUUGUGAGUUUUGUCUCUCGUUUGUCUCGUUCGAGUGGUGCGCCGGAUGUUAGUCAAAAACAGUGUACUGGUUUGCCAAGAGAAGUUACCUACAGUUGUGUUUAGUUAGCAACGCAUAACGUGUUUGUACUUUAAUUUGUUUUUUAGUUGUACUCUUGGAAAUCAAUGGUUAUUAAUUUAAGAAAAUAAAAUGUAUGUCAAAUAUUGUUGAAAA